GUCUCUGCCUCUCGCUGGAUCACCAUGAAUGCUCUGACAGUUCUUUCUCUCGCGGCUGUAGCUGCAUGUGGUAGUGCCCAGAUCUUAGGACACCCAGGAAUCUACGGCGCUUACCCAGGGCUCUACUCAGGCCUCCUCCCCCACGGCUAUGCUGGAGUGCUCCCGGCUGCAGGAGCCUUCUCCGUGUCUCCUGCUCCCUUGGCCUACAGCAACGUGGCUCCUGUAGCUUACAGUGCCCUCCCCUACGCCCCCGUAGCUCCCAUCCAGUCUCAGUACCAUGCCCAGGACGAGCUCGGCCAAUACUCCUUCGGGUAUGCCGGCGGUCCUGCUGCCCGUUCUGAGACCCGCGAUGCCUUCGGGAUCGUCAGAGGAUCCUACAACUACGUCGACUCCGACGGCAAGAUUCAGACUCAGCACUACGUAGCUGAUGCCCUCGGCUUCCGCGUCUCUGGCACCAAUCUGCCCGUGGCUCCCGAUGCCCCAGCAGCCGCUCCUCUGGCUCUUCCAGGACCUCUGCCAGAACCCGUCCAGGAUACCCCAGAGGUGGCUGCCGCCAAAACUGCCUUCCGGAUUGCUUACGACGAAGCCGCCGCUGCAGCUGCUGCCGCCCCCGAUGCCCGCAAAUAGGCGGUUUCUCUGUUUGUUUGUUUGUUUCAUCGUGUUUGUGGCUGUCUCCUUUUCCGUGGAUCGGGCGACGUAGAGCUCAUGAAUAUCAGUUGGCUGAUCGGUUCUCCUUCCGAAGGACUUCAUAAACUGGUGUUAUUCUGUGCUGACUCGCCUCCACUUCGUGUAUAUAAUGUAGAGAGACAUUCGGGCUGUGAUCAGAGUUAUGUAUGACUGUUAAAUCCUUUAAAAUAAAAACAAAAUAUUAUUAAAA